UAUACUUGACAGCUGCGCUGAGCCGCUGAACGUUUGCAAGUAUUUAUAUUAUAUGCAAGUAAGUAAGUUAUAAAUUGCACAGUUCAAAGUAAACUGCAGUAAGUAACCAGCUCAGCCAACAAACGUUGCAUCAAACGAUGUAUUUCUAUAUAUACCUACUUACUGGCAUGUUAAUUAAUUAAGUUAGUGGCAUACUAGAAUUGUCUGCUAGUGUGGAAUGCACGAAAAAAUAAUAGUAUUUUGUAAAAAACGACUGGGAGACAGUAUACAUGUGCCAGAGAGCGACAGAAAAGAGCUGCUGUUGCUGGUGAUUUGGUGUGGCGUGUGGUGCAGUAGUGCUGGAUGAAUUAGUAUUUGUCUGUACUUAUACUUGAUUCCGCAGCAAAAUUUUCGCUUCGUCACGAGACAUCUAAUAAUUACUUGUGUACUUGACACUUGAUUGUUUUUGGACACGCGGACGUGGAUGAGUCAAAAUUUACUUUUCCAAAAGUGUUCGUACGUAUAAUUACGUAUAGGUAUAGGUUGUACUUAUACACACACAACUGGUACGCGCGUACCACCAGGUCAAGAGGGUAGUCGUAUAAUAGCUAAGUAUAGGCAGAGAGAGGAUGGACGGGAACAAGGAUGAGGCUAAUCGGUGCACCGAGCUAGCCGAGCGAUGUGUCAGGGAAAAGAGGUUUGACGAAGCAGUGAAGUUCCUCAAGAAGGCCCAGAGGCUAUUCCCGACCAAGAAGGCUGAGGAUUUGUUAGCAACUGUAACUUUGAUGUCGAAACAGCAGAGUGCAAAGGUAGAACCCGAGGCAGAGGUUAGAAAGAGGCACGGUAAUGCCAGCAAAAGUAAUGGAGCCCAGACUCAGGCUUCAGCAGCUGAUUAUACAGAUGAACAAAUGGAACAUAUUAAGAGAAUAAAUAAGUGCAAAGACUAUUAUGAAAUUUUGGCUGUCAGUAAAGAUGCCACAGACAGUGAUGUCAAAAAGGCUUAUAGAAAGUUGGCACUUCACUUGCAUCCAGAUAAAAACAGAGCACCUGGAGCAAACGAAGCAUUUAAAGCUGUCGGUAAUGCUGCUAAAAUCCUAAUGGAUCCUGAAAAGAGAAAGCAGUACGACUUGUAUGGAUCAGAAGAAGAAAGACUUAGUACUACAAGGCACUCACAUUCACAUUAUAAUUAUUCACGGGGUGGUUUUGAAGCUGAUGUAACAGCUGAAGAACUAUUUAACAUGUUCUUUGGUGGUUUUCCACAACAAGAAUUUUAUGUCAGAAGAGGUGGUGGCAGGUGGAUGAGACAAAAUGAGGCACAGCAUCAGCAUACUCACUCCCAACAACAAGCAAAUACGUACACUACAUUCCUUCAAAUGUUGCCUGUAUUAUUACUGAUUAUUUUGACUAUGAUGAGCAGUUUUUUUAUGUCUGACCCCAUCUAUAGCUUACAUCAAAGUUCUAAAUAUUCAAUUCAAAGAACUACUCAAAAUUUGAAAGUACCUUAUUUCGUCAAAGACAACUUUCAUACAGAAUAUGAUGGUAAUUUAAAAAGAUUAGAGGAAUUAGUUGAAAAAGAGUAUAUGACGUUCUUACAACAUUCAUGCUUUAGAGAAAGGAAUUACAGUAAGUUAAUAUUUACCUUUACUCUUAUAUGUUAA